AUGGACCAGGAGAUCGAACGAGUCGUCCAGGCCAUCGCGAUUGCAUCUGAGCCUUCCCAGUCCACCUUAUUCCAAGAGGCUCUCAACUACAUCCAGGGCAUCCAGGAAAACGCAAAUGAAACAUGGCGAUUGGCUUUGCAGAUUUUCGUCGCUACCAAUGGCGACCAGGGGCGCAAAUAUCCCCCACAGGCCAGGUUCUGGGCUCUGAGGGUUCUGGAAGAGUUUCUCGAGAAUAAGUUCGAUCCAUUAGACCCAGAGACCUUCCAGACUCUACAGCAAGCAAUGAUGAGCUAUAUUCAAUCAGAAUAUGUCCAAGGCCCUGCAGAAGCGAAUGCACCUUUCAUUCGAAACAAAUUCUCGCACACCCUCACCCUUUUGUUCCUCUGCACGUAUAUCGAUCAAUGGCCAUCCUUCUUCACGGACCUAUUCAGCCUCAUCCAACCCUCUUCGCAGUCUUCCUCAACCGGCCUUAAUCGACAUAUAUCGUUAUUAUUCUUCCAUCUGGUUCUCGAAAUCUCAGGAGAAGUCGCCGACCAAAUGAUCAAAACGGCACGGACCUGGUCUGCUGUCCGCCAUGCCAGGGACGGAAGGGUUCGAGAUGCGGUUCGAGAACGGGAUGCAGCCAGAAUCAACGAAGCUGUCCUUACGAUCGUCGCGACCAAUGUGGAGCGAAUGAACGCUCUGAAAGAGGGCGACGGGGAUUCUCAGGAGCUCGGCAACUCCAUCGAGCUCGUAGAUUGGGGUAUCAGGACGUUUGGGUCGUAUGUCGGUUGGAUCGAUAUCAAUCUAACUGUGACACCCACGACUGUCCCAUUGCUGUUCAAGCUUCUCGCCGACUCAUCCUUGCCCAUCCGACUGGCUACUUCCGUCGCUUUGCUCAGAAUCGUAGCAAAGGGCUUGAAGGAGCCAGCAGAUAAACUCCAGCUCUUCAAAGUGCUGUCGCUCGGUCAGGUCUUGGACGCCCUGGAAAGCAAAACAGCAAAGCAACAACGAGAGCGGGGGGAUGACGUUGAUGAAGGGGAGGAAUCUUACCGAGAGGCACUGGGCAAAUUGUUGAAUGUCUAUGGGUUGGAACUCACCAAACUCGUGGAAGAUGCCCCAACGGAUGACAUUCGUUCAGAUGCAUCAGCAGCUCUGGUCGACCUCCAGCCCGUCACUCUGCGGUUCCUAGCGGAUGACUAUGACGACACGGCUUCCACUGUGUUCCCUCUUCUCCAAGCGGUCCUCGGUAGUUACAAACGUAGCCGUAAAGUCAGCUCCGGUCCCAUUGACGAUCAAAAACGCUCUUUCUUGAGUGCUUUGCUGCAAGUCAUUCUUAAAAAGAUGAAAUGGGAUGAAGAAGCCGAGCCCGACGACGUGGACGACGACGACAAUGGCGAAUUUGAAAAGAUGAGAAAAGAAUUACGAACCUUUAUGGAUGCGAUCUUGACCAUUGACCAAGACCUCGUUACUGAUGAGGUCAGAAAACUCGCACUGCAAACCAUCUCAGCCUAUCAAAGCGGGACGAGCCUCAAAUGGAACGACGCCGAGCUUGGCGUCUACCUUGUCUACAUUUUUGGAGAGAUCAAUAAAAGUGGCGGGAAAGGUCGGGCUGCUUUCUGCCAGACUCCUGCAGUUAUAGACAAGGACAAGCGCAAGGUCACCGACUACUCAGAGUUUCCUUUGACAAGCCAUGGGGAGAUGCUCCUUGCCCUGGUUCAGUCAGGGAUCGUUUCAUACCCAAAUAGGACUGUUUCGUUGCAGUUCUUCGAAACAGUUACUCGGUAUGCUGACUUUUUCAAAGUACGAAAGGAAUGCAUUUUGCCCGCACUGGAAGCCAUGAUAGACAAACGGGGGUUGCACAAUGAGAACCAACAAUUCCGCAUCCGGCUGUACUACCUCUUCUACAAGUUCAUUCGUGAAUCGAGACACGAAAUCCCCAGCCAGAUCGCACUCACCAUCAUCAACAGUUUGCCCGACCUGCUCUCGAUCAACGUGCAACUGUCGGAACCGGAAGACCCAGAAUCGGACCCACUCACAGAAGCAGUCAAGAGUCCCGUUUUCGAAUCCCAAUUAUACCUCUUCGAGACCAUUGGCAUCCUUACCUCGACACUGUCCAAGGAUACAGAAGAGCAAGGGAAUCUUCUCUUGUCGAUUGUCAAGCCCUUCAUGGAAGAACUGCUCGCUAAUUUACAGCUGUUCCGAGCAGGAAGCCAGGACCUUGUCCCUGUCGUCAAAGUCCACCAUAUCAUCAUGGCCCUUGGAAAUAUUUCCAAAGGAUUUCCCGAUCACCCAGCGAGUACUACUUCGGAGAACUAUAUGGCCCCCUCCUUCAAAGUCUUUGCAGAAAUCGCACAAGCCAUCCUUGUGUGUCUGGAAGCCAUGAACGUCAUCAAACCCAUCCGUGAUGCGACAAGGUUCGCCUUCGCCAGAAUACUGGCAACUGCGGGUCCGACCGUUACAGGAUACAUCCCUCCUCUAAUGAAUCAUCUUCUCGCACAUUUCGAGCCUUCCGAAUUAGUUGAUUUCAUGAACUUCAUUUCUCUCUUGAUUCAUAAACUUCAGAAGGACAUGUUCGAGGUGUUGGACAAGCUCAUCGCACCCCUGCACUCCCAUAUAACGGCCAUCCUUUCGCAAGCGGCCAGCGGUACGGACGAACUACGAUGGCAGAUAGAGACGAAGAAAGCAUACCUCAACCUACUCGUGGUAAUCCUCAAUGCUAGACUAGAGGGAAUUUUUACCUCGGAACGAAAUUCUGCUUCAUUCGAGGCUCUUUUGGGAAGCCUUCUCCGGAUUGUGGAAGACGUCUCGGAUCCUCCCAGUCAAAAACUUGCUCUCACUUUCUUCGGCCGGUGCGUUACGGUCUGGGGCCAACCUGCUGGCUCUCCAAAUCCAGAACUCGGAGGAAAUUUACCUGGAUUUGAACGAUUCAUCUACGAGCAAAUUGUGCCCACAGCUUUCGGCGUGGUGGCGUUACCCAGCUUCAACCCCAAGGAUGGACAAGCGCUAAUGGUCAUCCACGAGGUGGCCUCUCUACUACAAACGGUAUGCAAGACACGCGGUUCAGAAGCAUACGACUACUUCCUCUCGGCGUUCCUGCCCUCAAAAGGCUGGCCUGCUGAGAUGGCUCUGGACUUUACGACCAAACUCCGAGAUUUGGAUUCUAAAAACUUUAGGAAAUACUUUACCGAACUCAUUCGCGCCUCGCGAUCGUCGUAG